GAGGGGAGAAACUCUAUAAACUCACCUCUCUUUCCCCGGUCUCCCCAUCUCACAACCAAACUCUGGGGAGGGAAGAGGACAGCUAACUGGUGGCCAUGACACAGCCAGUACUUCUACUCCUGCUACUGGCAGCCAUGUCCUCACCAGUGUUUGGGACUGAGGUAUCAGUACUAGAGGGAACCUCUGUUACCCUUGUCUGCACAUACCUAGGGGAUAAAAAGCUUGAGACAUGCUGGGACAGAACUUGUGGAACUUUUCAGUGUACUGAUACCAUAAUGGAAGAUCAAUCCAAAUAUAACAUUAAUGCUCAAGUUGGAACAGUGAAUCUCACCAUUUUAAAGCUACAGCCGACAGACCGUGGGAGCUACUGCUGCAGAGUCUAUGUCCCUGGAUCUGGAUGGUUCAAUGAUCUUAAACAAUUCUCCAGCCUGAGGGUAGUCAAAGGUUGUGUGAGGGACCUACUGGACAAAGUCCAUUUUCUGGGGAACAAUAUUGCGAAUCAGCCAUUUACAACCGAAAAUGCAAGUCAGUGCAGGCAGGAAUGCACCAGAAAUGACACAUGCCAGUACUUCACAUUUGUUGAUGAAAACGCAGGAACAAUAGUCCACAGAAACAAAUGUUUCCUGAAGGCCUCAACUGGUGAUACGCCUGAAAUUACAAUACAGCACCUCCAACAUGGAACCUCAGGCUACUCUCUGAGAAACUGCAGUGGUAAAGUCACCUACUCAGUCAAGAAGUACAGCCUCGUCCCUGAGAAGAAAAACCGGACCGAAGCACAAAAAUACUGCAGACAACACUACACAAACCUUGCCAUCAUACGCACAGAAGAGGAUUGGAAGGCAAUUCAAUCCUCUUUGGGUGAUUUCAGUGGUGAUGUGUGGAUUGGGCUCCAUAGGUCUGGUCCAACUGAAAAGUGGAAGUGGUCUGAUGGAGAGGACUUCAUGUUCUUUAACUGGAAAGAAGGUUUUGGUGUCCAUGCUGAGGGUCAUGACUGUGUCUUGUCUAUUUCAUCUCAUUGGCAACCAGUGACUUGUGCAGCUCAAAGACAGUAUAUGUGUCAAAGAAUUCGUCAUGGUAAUGGAACAACAGAGAAGGUGUAUGAGCUGAUGCAGGAGCCAAAGACGCAACAGGAUGCUGUGACAGACUGCAGGAAAAUAAACGGCAGAGAACUGGCGAGCAUCUGUAACCAGAAAGAACAGGAAGCCUUUGAUGAGUUGACUCCAGAAGCCACCUGGAUUGGACUUAAGCACAACAAUAAACUAUGGGAAUGGUCAAACAGAGAACCAUUUCAGGAAAGCGAACCUACCUGGGUAGUUGGAAACUGUCAACAGCUGAACUCAGACAGAAAAUGUACUCCAAAAGAUUGCUCUAAUCAAAGUGCUUUCUUUUGCUAUGGAGAUGAACAUCCACUUAACACCACUGGGGAUUCAACCACUCCUGUUACCCCUGAAACCACCAGCCCUACUUCAACUGGACCUCCCUCUAUCAAGACGUCCACCACAACAACUAACACUUUACUACCUACCACCACUAAUGGACAGUCCACCACCUCACCAACUACCACUACUAUUGGACAGUCCACCACCACACCAACUACCACUACUAUUGGACAGUCCACCACCACACCAACUACCACUACUAUUGGACAGUCCACCACCUCAACAUCCAGUGGACAACUGACCUCAUUAGGUCCCACCUCCCCAGACAGGAAGUCCACAUCCUCCCCCAGUAGUACAACUUCUCCACUCCAUCCUGAUUACCUGACCUACUUCAACGAGUCCAAGAGCUGGAUCAAUGCCCUGGAGUUCUGUAAAAGUCGUCGCUCCAACCUGGUGCACAUCACCAACCAGACUGUGCAGACUGACUUGACCCAGCUCCUGGCCAAUGUGGAGCUGCCAUGUGGGGGGGUGUGGAUUGGUCUGGAGCGGUCCAUCUUUGAGUGGAGCGCCCCCUGGCUGUGGACCAGUGGUGAUGUUGAUAAGGUGGUGAAGUACAGAGAGUGGCACAGCUGCUUCCCCCUCAACCCCAUGAAUUACCACUGUGGUAAGAUGGUCCGGGUUGGUAACAGAGAACUGAAGUGGCUGGAUGCUUCCUGUCAUCAGGAAUUACCCUUCAUCUGUCAAGAUCUCCACUAGAGGGAACUCCAUGUCAUUAUGGACAGUCUGCAGACAGACCACACUGAUCUGCAAGAGAGACUACCACACUCAUGGUCUGGAAGGAACCUGCAUUUCAAUUCAUUAUAUUAUUACACUACGAUUAUUAAUAUUACUACUACAUUAACUUAUUAUUAUAAUCUCUAUUACAUGAUAUUGCAUAAUGAUCCUCUACUUACAUAUACAAACUUAUAAGCAUUGUUAUUUGACCUGUAAUGUACUGUAAUACUUUAACUGUUUAAAAACAGAGAUAAGAAAGGUAAAGUAAAAGAUAUUAACUGAAAAUAUAGUAUAACUCCUGUGUGAUCUGUACGGUUUGAGAACGUGAUUUAGUUAGAAUGUAAUUGUUAUUUUUGUACUUUCUGCAUAAACAUCCAUUUAGAGUUUGA